AUGGACGAAUCAUGUAGCGUCCAAUCGGGAGACCGCAGCCUGUGCUUAGACGAAGAAGACCGCGCAUACCUCGAGGCUUUGAACGACAAGGAUGUUGUCGCAACGAAAAGCACACCGAACCCCCUAGGUCUCUUCUCAGUAGUGGCCUUCAUACUCCAGCAAGUCAUCGGUACCGGCAUAUUCCGCACACCAUGGACCGUUAUGCAGGCCACCGAGAGUCCGGGGAUCACGCUUUGCUUUUGGGCUUUCGGCGGACUUGCAGCCAUCGCGGGUUCUAUAUUGUACAUCGAGUUCGGCUUGACUACACCUCGGCAUUCCAUUGAUGGCGAAAGAGUGCCAGUUGUACGCAAUGGUGGAGACAUGAACUACGUGGACUACCUCAUCAAGCGACCCAAGUUCUUCGUCUUCUCCUUCUACGCAGUCAACUACGUGAUCGUUGCUUCGAGUGCAGCCAACGCAUUGACUUUCGGCGACGACAUAAUAGGCUCUCCAGGAACCGAUCGAGGUGCAGCCAAGGAUGCCGCGGCACGAUGUCUUGCGAUAAUGGCAGUGACGCUUCCCUGCUUCUUGCACGCGUUCACUCGACGUGGAGGCAUCAUUCUCAAUAACGUCAUCGUGGUCGUCAAGAUUGCAAUUCUCUGCGUGUUCCCCAUCAUGGCGAUAUGCGUAUUGGCCGGUGUCGCGCAUACGAAUCACGCGACGGCCAAUAUGGAAUACAAGAACUCGUUUGCGCGGACACACGGAAACGCCGACAGCUAUACACAAGGCAUGCUAGCGGUCUUUUACGCCUAUGGGGGGUACAACCAAGCUAACUAUAUACUCUGCGAGAUCCACAGACCACGCAAGAACUUCCCUAAAGGCAUCAUAAUCGCUCUCGGAAUGAUCUGCGUCUUAUACAUGCUCGUCAACGUCAGCUACAUGAUCGUGGUCAGUAAAGAGCAACAGCUUGCGUCCACCGAUGUAGCCCUCGCUUUCCUCAACAACGUCAUUGGGUACAAACACGCAUCUGCAAUCCUCGCCAUCUUCACGACCAUCAACAGCUUCGGCAAUGUCAUCGGCAUGACAUUCACGCUUGCCCGCGCGAAACAAGAAAUAGCGAAAGAAGGCGUCCUACCAUUCGCCAAAUUCUUCGGCGAGAACCGCAUUCUCUUUCGCAAAUACCGAGAGAAACACCAUUCCAGCCAGUCAGAGCCAACACCCCUAGGCGCGCUCUUCCUCCACUGGGUAUGCGCCGUGUUUCUCAUACUGGUAACAUGGCCCAUGAAACCCUCAUCCGCGUACAGGAUUCUCGCAAACCUAUACGUGUACCUCAUCGAUAUCAUACCAACCUUCAUCAUGGCAGUCGGCAUGCUGUAUCUCCGUACCUUUACAAAAUGGUCUCUCAAAUCGCCUCUUCCAACUUGGCUGAGUGUCACCGCUGCUCUUGUCUACGCUAUCGCGGGCGGUUUCCCCUUGGUCGCAGUCUGGAUACCACCGUUCCAAUAUUCAGACCUCGACGUUCACGACAUCAUUCCCGGGCUUCCUUGCUGGGUCAUCAAGGCUCAGCCUGAGAAGAGGAGGGGGUAUAUGUUGGAUGAUCUUUGA